AUGGCUACAAAGAUCGGCACAGGUGCCGGACCAUCGUAUUCCUCUUAUCCUGAGGAACCUCAGACUGUGCGGGACAGGGCCGUCCUUCCAACAGAAAAGAGGUUUCCCUGUCCCGAGUGCGGGAAGACUUUCCGUUUUAAAUCUGGUCUUUAUGUGCAUAAAAAAUCACAUACAGGUGAGAAGCCACAUUCCUGCCCUGAGUGCGGGAAACGUUUUCUACAUAAAGCGGAUCUCACCAAACAUCGAAGGUCUCAUACUGGGGAAAAGCCGUAUUCCUGCCUUGAGUGCGGGAAAUGCUUUUCCGAGUCGUCCCAUCUUUACAGACAUCAAAGAUCUCACACGGGGGAAAAGCCAUUUGCCUGCCUUGAGUGCGGGAAAUGUUUUGUACGUAAUGCAAAACUUGUCGCACAUCAAAUGUCUCACAUGGGAGUGAAGCCGCAUUCCUGUCCUGAGUGCGGGAAAUCUUUCUCGGAUAAGUCCAAACUUUACAGACACCAGAAAUCGCACACGGGUGAGAAACCAUAUUCCUGUCCCGAUUGCGGAAAAUGUUUUUUGGAGAAGUCCAAUCUUUGUACACAUCAGAGAUUGCACACGGGUGAGAAGCCGUAUUCCUGUCCCGAGUGCGGGAAAUGUUUUUUUAAUAAACAUGCCCUGGAAAAACAUCAGAGGUCACACACAGGUGAGAAGCCAUAUGUUUGUCCUGACUGCGGGAAAAGUUUUUCAGAGAAUUUCCUUUUUUGCAAUCAUCGGAAAUUGCACACAGGUGAAAAGUCGCAUUCCUGUCAUCAGUGUGGGAAAUGUUUUGUUCAUAAAUCUGCACUGGACAUACAUCAGAGAUCACACACGGGGGAGAAGCCGUUUUCCUGUCCUGAGUGCGGGAAAUGUUUUUCAGACAAGUCCUAUCUUUACAGACAUCAGAGAUCUCACACGGGGGAGAAGCCGUAUUCCUGUAAUGAGUGCGGGAAAAGUUUUUCAGAGAGGUCCAAUCUUUACAGACAUCAGAGAAUACACACGGGGAUACAAACCAUAGUCCUGCCCUGAGUGCGGGAAAUUUUUUUCACAGAAGUUUUGUCUUACUCCAGAGAUCACUCGAAGUGUAUUCGAUUUCCAAGUGCAGGAAAUGUCUGCUAUAUGAAUCGUAUUCUGCCGUACAUCAGAGAUCCCACACUGGGAGGAAGCCCACCUUGAUAUUCACCUCAGAAAAUAUGGGGUUGAUCUUCAUCAUGUAAGAAACAGUUCAUAAGUAGAUUAGAUUUCUCCAAGGACAUGCAUGUGGUUUUGUACCGUGUCGGCCAUUGGUAGUAGUAGAAAAAUAAAAAUGGUGUCAUUACCUCUCA